UACCUCGUGUGUCCGUCACAGGGGUGCGCCGCCGGGUGGGGGAAGGGGCAGCCCGGCGGAGUGAUACCAUAGGUGUGCGCCGAGGGCUGUGUAUGACGUGAGGUGACGGAGUUGCCGAAAGCGCCGCCUGGAGACGAAGCCAGCCCGGAGCGGCCGGCAGGUCAGUCCCGUGCUGUGGCGCGGGGGGCGGCUGUUGCCGCCGCCGCCGCUCCCCGCUCGCUGCCCCCGGGCACGCGGGGCGGCUUGUACUGAGAUCUUGGGUCCCUGGCCGCGACACCGAUGGUCGGCUCCGGGCGGAGGCGCCCCCCCCCUCUCCCCCGCCCGGACUGCGCUGCCGGGGGAGCGGGGCCGCGUCGUUCUCCGGCUCUUAAAGCCGGACCGCGGCGCGCGCAGGGAAGGGGGUUAAACGACGCCGGGGCGGCCUCGGGCUGCCGCGGCCGCCCCGCGAGACGCGCCACGUGCUUUGUGCGGGGCUGGCCGGGCUCUCUGCGGGGAGCGGGCUUCGGCCCAGUGUCCUCGCAGGACCCCUUUGGGCCCGGUCGAUGCAGUGCUCAUCAUCAGUGCUGCACGCGUCUGCUGGCCGGUGAACUCUACCUUGCAUCCGGCUCCCCCAGCUCAUGAAUGUUUUGCGUGGGGGGGCUGAUCGCUUUCCUACCCGAUCCUUUCCUAGUCUCUGGUUACACCUUGUUGUUGUAGAGACGUUGCUGAGUAGUUCCAGACCCCAAAAUAUACAUGAAGCUUCAGUGUCAUACCUGAUAUGACAGACCCGGACGUCCUCACUGAAGUCCCAGCGGCUCUGAAGCGCCUUGCCAAGUAUGUGGUGCGUGGUUUUUAUGGCAUUGAACAUGCUUUGGCGCUGGACAUCCUCAUCCGGAAUCCUUGCGUAAAGGAGGAGGACAUGUUGGAGCUGCUAAAGUUUGAUCGGAAGCAACUGCGGGCAGUUCUCAACACCCUGAAGGGGGACAAGUUCAUCAAAUGCAGGAUGAGAGUGGAGACAGCUCCGGAUGGCAAAACCACAAGACACAACUACUACUUCAUCAAUUAUCGCCUGCUGGUCAAUGUGGUGAAGUACAAGCUGGACCACAUGAGAAGGAGGAUUGAGACAGACGAGAGAGACUCCACCAAUCGUGCCUCCUUCAAAUGUCCUAUUUGUUUCAGCACCUUCACAGACUUGGAGGCCAAUCAGCUGUUUGAUCCCAUGACAGGAACCUUCCGCUGUACGUUCUGUCAGAAUGAAGUGGAAGAGGAUGAGUCGGCGAUGCCCAAAAAGGAUGCACGGACUCUUGUGGCAAGGUUUAACGAGCAGAUUGAGCCCAUCUAUGCACUGCUACGAGAGACAGAGGACGUUAACUUGGCCUAUGAAAUCCUUGAGCCAGAACCCACAGAGAUUCCUGCACUGAAACAGAGCAAAGAACGUGCUGCUGCUGCAGGGGCAGCUGCCCUAGCAGGUGGAUACCAUCGGGAAGCAUGGACUACAAAAGGGCCGUCAUAUGAGGACUUGUACACCCAGAAUGUCGUCAUCAGCAUGGAAGACCAGGAGGAUCUUAAUCGGCCAACAAAUGAAGGGAAGCCAGCCAGAGAGAGGCCAAUUUGGCUGCGGGAAAGCACAGUGCAGGGGGCUUAUGACCCGGACGAGACCAAAGAUGGUGGUCAAGAUAUGGAUGCAUUUCAGGAACGUGGGGAGGGCCGCGCAGCUCUGGACGAUAACGAGGAGGUGAUGCGUGCUCUGCUUAUUCAUGAGAAGAAAACCCCCUCUGUCUCUGCAGCUGGUGUGGGGGGGGCUGCUCCCUUAGCUAGCACCAAUGCCAGUGACUCUGAGAGCGAUACCAGUGAAUCAGAGGAGGAAUCCCCACCCCGCCUGCCUGUUGCCUCAGCUACACUCUAUGGGCUCGAGGAUGAAGAGGAUGAGGAGGAGUUUGAAGUGGUGGCAGAGGACCCCACUGUCAUGGUGGCCGGACGUCCAUUCUCUUACAGUCAAGUGAGCCAGCGGCCUGAGCUGGUGGCCCAAAUGACCCCAGAGGAGAAGGAGCUUUAUAUAGCCAUGGGGCAGCGUAUGUUUGAGGAUAUGUUUGAUUAACCCUUUCCCGCCACGACAGCUUUUAAAGUGAAUUUUAACAGGAGGCUCCCUAGUGAAACAAAAGACUGAACUGCAUCUCUCCCUUCCCUAUAGUCUGUCAUGCAGGAGCAUGGGGCUUAGAAAUGCUCCCUGACUAAAGGAACUACUGAUCUUGGGUGUCCCACACAACAGAGAGGGGAGUUAAAACUAACUGGGUGUGCCAAAAAGGGAGGGAGCAGAGGUGGGUGGUGGAACAUGUGGAUUUUUUUUAAUCAGGAGAGAAAGUUUGCAAGGUGAAGCUCCACUUCAGGGUGGCCCUCACUUGCUGCUGCUUUAGCCCAACAGCCUCCUUUUGCCUGAGGUUUAUUCUUUUUCUAGAAGGCCAGGGAAUGGAUUCUGACGAAGUCCAGCUCCCUCCUUGCAGAGGACUUGGGUGCUCUGUGGUCUGAUCAGGCCUUGCUUCUCAGUGUUACAGAACAGGAGAGUGCAAGUGACACUGAUGGUCUGUGCGCUGGAUGCUGAGACAGACUGUAGAUGUAGUUGCAUGUGAACGUGGUGGCUGAGCAGGGUUGAGCUGUAGUACCGGGCCCAAUGAGGUUGUCGCUAACCCAUUGCAUGUGAGCAGAAACCAUACUUAUCCCCUCCCCUCCUCAGUCUUCUUACAGUUCCCUAGCUAAACCUCUCAACAGGGUUUGUAACCCAAGCUUGCUCAGACUCAACUAUGUUGCUUAGAUUCAGCCAUGUAUUUUGACCAAAUUGUGUUUGAGAUUAUUUUCCAGCACGGUUAGGAUCCCUGGAGUGGACAGCUGAUGAUGAUAGUUGUAACUGCAGAUGUAAAUGGGAGACUGCUUUCUGAUGGGGAGCAAAAUGGGAGACUAGCUUUGGAAAGGAGAGUACAGAUCUCUGGGUGAUGCUCCUUUGAAAGACUGUCUGUCUGGUUUUCUAUCUCCUGUUUUUAGCAGUCAGGGACUUCAGUCCUCUGUGAAAAGACAAACCUGUCCUUGCCUGUUCCCCCCCUUCCACAUGCCCCACCCUCCACACCCAUCUGUCAGAAUUUUAAGGGUAAGCAUCUAACAAACAACUUGAUUCUCAAAGGUGCUGAGUGUGCUUAUAGUGCCUGUUGUUUUCAAUGGAAGCUGUGAGUGCUCAGCACCUCAAGGACAGAUGUAACUUGAAGCACCCAAAUUUGAAAGUCUUGGCUCAUUGUCAGUGUAAUGAAACUCACUGAAGGAACUGAAUUGAUAGAGUACUCUGACCUACCAAGAGAAUACUUUCAGUACACUGUUACUGCCUGUCCCCUCACCUUACCCCAUCUAAGCCCCGAUGUUAAAGCCUGAGUUCACAAUAGAUUGGGCUGUCAGCCAGACAGUACCAGGGAACCAACAUAGCUAGUUUUAAUUUCACUAACACCAAAAGGUUUGUAUAAUUUGAAAAGGAAUUAUGCAGAGUUCUGAAUACUGAUAUUUAGCAUGGCACUAUCUGUUCAAAUAAAAACAUUUUUACCAGUGCCUAUAGCAAUAUCGUGUUUGUAAUGCUACCUUUCAAUUUAAAAGUGUUACUUUUUUUUAAUUGUUGUGUUUUCUUAUCCAGUGCUAUGGUAAAACAAAGUGAUAAAAGGAUUUUGUGUUUAGAGGCUGUAUCAAGUGCUGUUUGAUUUACACGAACAGUACGGAUUUGCCGAGCAUUUAAACUUAGCUAUUUUAUACUGACUAGCCCUGUGAUGCCUCCUUUGUGGUUUUAUUUUCAACAUCUUGAUAUUUUAUCCUUUUUUAAAAUAGCAUGUUAAAUUUGCCAUUUUUAAAAUAAAUUAAUAAAAUGAUGCUUCUGUCCUA